CUUAGAUGAAGUUUCCUUAAUUUGAUUGACCAAAAAUGCUAAUUCUAUUUUCCCCCUUCUGACAAAGCAAAAGUCCCAUGAACACUCUCCCACUCUGACUUUUCCAGACACGCACACAAACGAUGCAAUCGAGCCAAACAUGGAUUCAAGCCUUGUUCUACCUUGCUCUCAUCACAGUUUCACUAUAUUUUCUUCAGUUUUAUAUUCUAUCGGAUAGAUUAAUGGUGUCGCAUCACAAAGUUACUCUCAAGAAACAUCCUAAUCUCCCUCUAAGGUUCAAUUCCGACGGCACUUUUAAGAUCCUUCAGGUUGCUGAUAUGCAUUAUGGAACUGGAUUGACUCGGUGUAGAGAUGUUUUGACCUCCGAGUUUGAAUGGUGCUCUGAUCUUAACACUACUUUAUUUCUAAAGCGGAUGAUUGAUGCCGAGAAGCCUGAUUUUAUUGCUUUUACAGGGGACAACAUAUUCGGGUCAAGUACAAACGAUGCAGCAGAAUCUUUAUUCAAAGCUUUUGGUCCAGCCAUGGCUGCCCGACUUCCAUGGGCAGCAGUUUUGGGCAACCAUGAUCAGGAGUCAACUAUGACUCGUGAAGAAUUAAUGUCAUUCAUCUCCCUCAUGGACUAUUCCCUUUCACAACCAAACCCAUUGGACCCCACCAAACAACAAGUUACAACAAACAUCGAUGGGUUUGGAAAUUAUGAUCUGAGAGUACGGGGUCCACCCGGGUCCCACCUAGCCAACCAAACCAUCCUCAAUCUCUUCUUUUUAGACAGUGGAGACCGAGCUGUGGUUGAUGGUUUUAAAACUUAUGGAUGGAUCAAAGAGUCUCAACUUAGUUGGCUACGUGGUGCUUCUAAGGUGUCGCUAACAGGAACAUAAUCAAGAAAAGUAUGAAUCAGAAGUUUCAACAUUUCCAAUUCCAUCACUAGCAUUCUUCCAUAUCCCCAUCCCUGAAAUCCGUUCCGGGCAGUUCCGGGAAGUUUUCGGGCAGUAUCAUGAACAUGUAGCCUGUUCUAUGGUGAACUCUGGAGUAUUGAAGACACUUGUGUCAAUGGGAGAUGUGAAGGCGGUUUUUAUAGGCCAUGAUCAUUUGAAUGAUUUUUGUGGGAAUUUAGAUGGUGUAUGGUUUUGUUAUGGUGGUGGGUUUGGGUAUCAUGGUUAUGGUAGGGCAGGGUGGCCUAGAAGAGGUAGGGUUAUAGUGGCUGAAUUGAAAAAGGGGAAGAGUGAAUGGAUGGGAGUUGGAAGUAUUAAGACAUGGAAACGUAUUGAUGACAAAAAGUUGACGAAAUUUGAUGAGCAGAUCUUGUGGACAUUAAGUUGAUUAUUAUUGCAGGUAAUUGGAACUACAGUUGCAAAUUGCGUAUGGGAAUUUUUGCUUCUCAUCCAUUUUGAUGCGGAUUUUGUAUAUGAAGAAUGUUUGUAUAAUGGCACGUUUGCUCGAGACAUUUAAUGUGAAUGACAUUGUCACCAUUACAAAACCAAAUUUCCAAAAAGAAAAAAAAAAUACGAACUGCUAGUAGAUACAAGUAAGAAAUACAGAGGAAGUAUUACUCUUUGCAGUUGGGUGUACAAUCCACUAGUGCAGGAAUGUACAACUGACUAAUGUAAGGGUACUCUUUCAAUGCUUAUUAUUCCAAGAUAGAUAGAGAGCCUUAUAUUAUAUAGGCUAACAAGUACAAUAAAUCAGGAAAAGAUAUCUCUACUCCCUAAAGACUAG